AUGGAGAACCCCGAUGAGGGAAAUGCUGCCCCCAGGGAGGAGGACGCGCAGAAUGGAGAAACCAGCGGGAAAACCUUUGCUCUUUUCGAAAAUGAAAAUUUUGAAUUGAAUGCAAGUGAUGAGGAGUUCGAGUCGGGGAGCGCCGAGGGGGACGACGCGGAAGAGGGGGAACAGGACGAUGGUGAGGAGGAAAGUGGGUCCGAGAGUGAGGGCAUGUCCUACGGCGAUUUGAGCAACGACGAUGACAACGAUGAUGAGGAUGAUGAAGACGGCGGCGACGAUGCGGAUGAGGGAGAUAAUGAGGCUGCCCUUGAAGAAGACCCCCAAGAGGGGGACACAACGCAGGGGAUGACAGACGUGCGUGCACAAGUAUCGGGAAUGCUCAAACGGAGAAAUAAAAAAAAGUGGAUCAACAAAGAGGAGCAAAUAUACAAAGACGAAAUAGGAGUCUACAGAAAGGGGAAGCUCAUGAAAAGCGAAGAUAUUGAGGACCGCAUGAAGUAUCUCCUUCUACUAUUCACGGAAAGGGAGAAGGUGAUUAAACUACCUUCCAAAGAAGUUAAGGCAAAACUGAACAAAGCAGCCAUUGUGAAGGAGCUGCUAUUUUAUUACACCUACUUCUAUGAGUACAGUGAGGAGCUGAUAAAAUACCUGUACUACCUAUUUGACCUGAAGGAGUUGUACCUCUUCCUCGAGAUGAAUAACCUACCGAAGGAAAUACACUUAAGGACCAACACAGUAAAGAUCACGAGGAAGAAUUUAAUAAAUAUUUUAAAAAGUCAGAAUGUAAAUGCAGAAGAGGGAGAAAAUUGGAACAAUGUAGGAAUAGUCAUUAACGACGUGAACUCAAAUGUAGGGUCUUUAAAUGAGUAUAUGUAUGGGUAUUACAUGAUCCAGUCAGCCUCUUCUUUAAUUCCUGUGCUGGAAUUAAAUGUAAAGCCAGAGGAUACUGUCUUAGAUAUGUGUGCUGCCCCUGGAGGGAAAUGUACCUUCAUAUGUGCUCUCCAGAAAAAUAAAGGGUUCGUCUACGCCAAUGAUAUUAAUAAAAUGAGGUGCAAAGCUAUUGAAGCACAGGCCUCCAGAAUGGGGAUCCAAAAUUUAGUGAUUACCUCCUUCGAUGCGCUGAAGGUUGGACAGAAGUGGACCUUCCUAUUCGAUAAGAUUAUUCUAGAUGCUCCAUGUAGUGGUACAGGAGUUGUUAACAAAAAUAAGGGAGCCAGGAGAAAGACCCUUAAAGAAAUCAGGGAACUUGCACAGAAGCAAAGGAAACUACUGAACAAUGCCAUAAGCUUGGUAAAAAACGGUGGCAUCGUCGUCUACUCCACUUGUAGUAUCACCGUGGAGGAAAACGAACAGGUCAUUAACUACAUUUUAAAAAAAAGGGACGUGAAUCUCCUGCCUAUUGACACCCCAAUUGGGGACCCGGGGAUCACACACUACAGGAAGAAAGAAUUCUCCAGUAAAGUCGCCCUAUGCAGACGGAUUUACCUGCACAAACACAACUACGACAAUUUUUUUGUGGCCAAGCUGUUGAAGCGCUCCGACGCGGUCUACACGAAAGGAGGAGUGAAGCCGGCAAAGAACAGCAACAUGGUUAAUAAAAAUGCCCAAGACGCGAAGCAGAACGGAGAUGGACACCCCAAGGCGGGCAUUAAAAACAAGAAAAAGGGAAAAUUCCGCAAUAGGAAGGGAAAGAAGAAGAAGAAGAAGGAAAAGACGGGCGCCCCUUCCCCGAUGCAAAGUGACAAGAAGGUGAAGAAAGGGGGCCCAUUUGUCAAGGGUAAAACCCCGUUCGGCGGAAAAAACGCCAAGUUUGGGAAAAAAAAAAAAAUGCACAAGGGGGGGUAA